AUAAGUUUAACGUUAAUUUAGGUAAAAUGAAAGCUGAAGAUGAUAUUUUUAUCAAUUGUGAAAUGAAAGAAGAAAUUAAAACAGAACUGGAUCCAGAAUGUGUUAUGACUGAUGGCUCGAUUCUGAAAAUUGAGAAGAAAGAGGAAUAUUUUAACCAGAAAGAAGACAAACUGGAAGCUGGAUUAGAUCCUCUGGAUGAUAAAAUGUAUUUUGAAGUAGAUCCUCUUCAUUUUCAACCUCAAUGCAAUUUAACUAUCAUAGAUCAUUCGAUUUCGGUGAAGGGAUUGCCAGAAAAGAUUACAGGUUCGAGGUUUCCCUGCACUGAGUGUGAACAUUCUGCUAAAACAGUUGCAAGCUUGACACGACACAGAAUGAUUGUUCAUGAAGGAGUUCGUUUCCAAUGUUUUGAAUGUGAAUUUAAAUCAACAACAUCAUCACAUUUGAAAGAACACAGAAAAAUCAAGCACGAAGGUAUACGGUUUCCCUGUGAUCUGUGUAGUUAUGCUGCGACUAGAACAGCAGAUUUGAAAAAGCAUAAAGAGAAUAUUCACGAGGGUAUUCGGUAUCCAUGCAGCUUUUGCGGUUUUGCAGCCACGGAAAAGGGUCACUUAGCAAAACACAUUAAAAGUAAACACACUGUUCUUGAUGUAGAUGGUCCAAACCAAACUCCUAACCACAAAGCUCAAUGCCACCUAUGUGAAUUCUCAACAACCUCAAACUCGCAUUUAAAACAACACAUUAAGAAUAAACAUGAAGGAAUUCGAUUUCCCUGUGAUAUAUGUGACUAUGCGGCAACAAAAAAGUCAGACCUAAAGAAACACAAACAAAAUAUUCAUGAAAGAAUUCGUUAUCCUUGUAGUGAAUGUAAAUAUAUAGCAAAUGAAAAAUGUGCUUUAACAAAGCACAGGAAAAACAAGCACCCAGAUUUAAUUUAGAUGUAUAUUAUUUAUCAAAAUAAAGCAGAACAUUUAAUUUAAGAUUAA